GAUGGCCCCCCCCCUCAGAUUGGAUAUUCUCGUGACUCUCAGCAGGGCACGAAUGCGCUUGGGCCAAUUCGUGGUGGUUUAUCGGCUUCCGGGAAGCGCCGACGCCCCGAUGAUGAUGAGGAUAAUGAUGAUGCCGACGACGACGACGAAAGUGAUUAUGAUGAGGAGGAUGACGGAUAUACCAAUUCGGGCACGGAUGAUCUUGAUGCGCCGGUUAGGCAACACCGACACAAACGCGCUCGCCGCUCCAGUCCUGGAGUUGCGUCUCAUCAUAGCGCUGGGGACGACGACGAGGAAGACGAUUUCCCUGUGGAUCACGACAUGCUGCGGUCCAUUCUAGGCGUUGACAGCGCUAAUAUCUUCCGCGACAUCCAAGAGGAGCAGAAGAAGGCGGAGAAGUGGCUCGAGGAGCGCAGGGAACAAGAACGUCGUGACGCAGAGUACGCUCGCCAACUCCAUGAAUCCUUCUUCCAGCCGCAACCAUCGUCUUCUCGACACAUCGUGUCCUCCUCUGACCCAGAUACGCCUGAGCCGUCACCUCAGAGACCGCACCAGAGAAACAGCCACCGACCUCCUGGCCCCUCUCAGCUGGCCCCACCAUCACGUUCUCUCGAUCCAAACCGCUCGGCAUUUCUUGGUCGGCUGAUGGAAGCCAGGGAAUCCGGCUUACCACCAGGUAUGCGUGAUAGCGACGAUAGUGAUGUCGCCGAAAUUACGCCGUUGGACUUCCAACGUCAUGUCCAGAAUUCACCCCCGCGGACGAAUCGCUACCCACUUCCCUGGGAGAAUGGGAUGGACAAUGACGGUCUCAAUCGCCCUCACCCCUCCCUUCAACCAAACCGUCACCCUUUGGACAGGAUGAAUAACGGACCUGGUCGUUCUUAUAUUAUGCCAAUGCCUCCAUCAAGACCAUCUCUCUCUUCUGCUAUGGGAAGGCCUGGAACUACGUUUAGUCCACAUGUGAUGUCAAGCACCAUGGCAAGGCUUAAUUCAGGCAAGGAUAUGCUGGCGCAAGCAACGAGGGCUUUAUUUGGCGAUGCGGGUCCUUAUCAAGGUUCUUCCGAUUAUCCCUCUUUUGACCCAGAUUAUGUUGGCCAAAGGAACUACGACAUGGCCAUGAAUCGUUUGAAUGAUAUUUACGGGUCCGCAGAGGACCCGAAAAAGACCCAGGAGGAGAUUGUGAAACUGCUUGAAAGCAUCAGGCCUGAUUCCGAAAUCUCCCUCAAAGAUCGUGAAGGGACUCCUGACGCUCUCAAAUACCCACUAUUGGAACACCAGAAACUGGGACUUGCCUGGAUGAAGGCGAUGGAGGAAGGAGAGAACAAAGGCGGGAUCCUUGCAGAUGACAUGGGUCUCGGAAAGACAGUCCAGGCUAUCUCUCUCAUGGUGACCCGGCCGUCGACCGAUCCCAACCGAAAGCCGACUCUCAUCAUUGCCCCGGUUGCCUUGAUACAGCAGUGGAAACGCGAGAUAACUAGGAUGCUGAAGCCCGGGAGGCACCAACUUUCCGUCUGCGUAUUGCAUGGCGAAAAGAAAGCUACGAAAUUUCGAGAUUUGAAGCAAUACGACGUGGUCCUCACCACCUUCGGUACCUUGGCGGCGGAACUGAAGCGGAGAGAGAAGUACGAAGAGCUAGAGAAACGCGAUCCAAACUUGGCCAGGCACUAUAUGCAGGACCUUCCUUGCCUGAGCCCAGCCAGCAAGUGGUACCGCGUCAUCAUCGAUGAAGCUCAGUGCAUCAAAAAUCGCAACACGAAGUCUGCAAACGCAUGCUGUCGGCUCAACGCCACGUACCGCUGGUGCAUGACGGGGACUCCCAUGAUGAACAGCGUUGAGGAGCUUCACUCGCUGAUCAAGUUUCUCCGCAUUCGGCCCUACUGCCAACUUGAGAAUUUCCAACGUGACUUUGUUCGACCCCUGAAGAGCGGUGUAAACUCCUUGCGCGAGAAGGCCAUGUUGCAACUUCAAGUCCUGCUGAAAGCGGUUCUCUUACGGCGAACCAAGACGUCGAAGAUAGAUGGCAAGCCGAUUCUGCAACUCCCGCCCAAGGUUUCGGAACGGGUACAUGCGGUGUUCAGUGAGGAUGAGCAGGAAUUCUACAAUGCUCUGGAAACCCAGACUCAGCUUGAGGUCAACAGGUAUAUAGAGGCCGGUACCAUGGGCCGCAACUACUCUAAUAUCCUCGUGCUACUCCUCCGACUUCGACAGGCAUGUUGCCACCCGCACCUGAUCAAGGACUUUGGCGUCGAGAUCACUGCGGCCACAGGCGAGUUGGACCUCAUUGCAAAUGCAAAGGCCUUCGCCGCUGAUGUUGUCAAUCGUCUGAAAGACAAUGACGACUACGAAUGUCCUAUCUGUAUCGAUGCCGUGGACAACCCUGUGAUUUUCUUCCCCUGCGGUCACAGUACAUGUGCGGAGUGUUUCUCGAGAAUAUCGGAUCCGGCCAUAGCCGUCAGGAAUGGUGUGGACGGUGCCGUCGAAGCCAAAUGUCCUAACUGCCGUGGUCGCGUCGAUCCCAAGAAGAUCACCGACCAUCUGUCUUUCAAGAAAGUGCAUUUCCCCGACCCAUCUACCGAAGAGGAGGGAGAUGGGUGUGCAGCAAAGGAGGACUCCGACGACUCCGACUCCGACAACAGCGAUGACGACAGCGACGACAGCAACCAAAGCCUAUCCAGAUUCAUUGUCGCCGACGAUGAAGACGAAGAAGGCACGUCAAAAAGGCCCAAAGCCAAAGGCAAGAGAAAUGGCAAAGGCAAAAGCAAGACGGGCAAGAAAACGCACACGCUCGCCCAGCUCAGAAAGGAAGCCACUCGCAACAAAAAGUCCAAACUGAAAUACCUGCGCCGUCUCGAAAAGUCAUGGAUCUCCAGCGCCAAGAUCGAAAAAGCCAUGGAGAUCCUGCGCGGAAUCCACAGCGGCGAGAACAACGAGAAGACGAUCAUCUUCAGCCAGUUCACCUCGCUGCUCGAUCUGCUCGAGGUCCCGAUCGCGCGUCAAGGAUGGGAUUAUCGCCGUUACGACGGCAGCAUGAAACCCGCCGACCGCAACCAAGCCGUGCUGGACUUCACGGAUAACCCGGACUGCACUAUUAUGCUUGUUUCCCUCAAGGCCGGUAACGCCGGCUUGAACCUCGUCGCCGCUUCCCAGGUCAUCAUCUUUGAUCCCUUCUGGAACCCCUACGUCGAGGAACAGGCUGUCGACCGCGCCCAUCGUAUCGGACAGACUCGUCCUGUUGUUAUCCAUCGUAUCGUCGUUCAGAACACAGUCGAAGAUCGGAUCCUCGAGCUUCAGGAUAAGAAGCGAGAGCUGGUGGAAGGUGCUUUGGAUGAGAAGGCCUCCAGAGAUGUUUCGAGAUUGGGGACGAGAGAACUGGCUUAUCUAUUCAACAUCCGUCGUGAAUAAUCCCCCCUUUCGAUCUUUUUCCUCCUCAUCCUGUCAUCAAAUUAAAAAUUACAUACCUCUGGCGUUAUGGCGGAAUUUUGAAUCUGAGCCCGUUCCUUUCUUGACAUUUCCAAGAUACCCUUCCCUUCCAUUCCCCUUCCCUACCAACACCACCAAGCGUUAUCCUACACUACAGUAUAUUUUCCCAUAACAUCUCUCUGCUAGCUGGCUGGCUAGCUAGCUAGAUAGAUAGCUAUCUAACCAGGUCUAUCCUGCUCUGUUUUGUCUCCGUCUCCCUGUCUCCCUCCCUCCCUUUCUUUCUUCUUUUCACCGGGUUGGUUCCGUGAGUCUUCCUUGAAUAGACAGACACAUUACAUCGCCCUCAUCGUCGAACAUGAAUUAAUAUCCAUCCAUCCAUUCGCA